AUGGGGCCGAUUGUUCGUCUUCUCGCAGGUUUCUCGCGCUCGUGCCGCUGUCCACGGCGGCGGGCGUGGAGCGCCGCCCCCGCCGGCGGCGGCCCCGCCGCCCCUGCCGUGCACAGCGAGGACACUCAGGUUGGUGAGCUACCACCGCCCGUUGGGGGUUCGUCGUCUGGGAGUGCUGGGGCGGGGGAGCUGCGGCGGGAGGGCGGGGAGAGGGAGGAGAUCAGUUCCCUUUCCAGGGGGGAUAUCAGGAGGUCGCCCUUCGCCUCCUCCCUCAAGCUCGAGAGCUCGGAGGUGGGUCCACCGGCGGAUCCAUCCCUCCAACAGAAGCGCCGCCACAUCCACGCCGCCCUCGAGGGCGUGAUCUGCGUGGGUUGGGACGGGAGUCCCCUCGCCGGCGCCGGAGACUAUGGGGAGCAGCCGGAGCGUCGGCCGGAGGACGACUACAAGCAGUACUUCGAGCAUCACAAGCCGAGCCCACUGUCGGAGCUGGAGUUGGCCGACACGAGGAGCCCCCUUAGGCGGGCCACCGACAGCGACGUGGUGGAGGACGACGCCGGCGCAGCGACGGCGCCGCCGCCGGUGUGGAAGGAGGACCAGGGAGACGGCGUGGAGGCGGCGCUCCUGGGUGCGGAGGCCCAGUUCAGGCAGGCGGUCGAGAGGGGCGACCCAAACACCCCCCACGGCAGGGUCCUGGCAGAUUACCAUCGCGCUGUGACGUGA